CUUACAUCAUGGGUCUCAGCAGGAAUUACUUUUGGAUUACAUGUUCAUCCAGCACAUCUGUUUUAUUGGCCCUUUCCCUGCUCUUCUGGGGGCCCUUCUGUGCACAGAGUAGCCCUAUCGGCUCCCCAGAGAGGCUCCGCACCGCUCCAGGGCUGGAUGACGGACAUGGAGGGGUUCUGGAUCCUUCACUUCUGGAGCAGGACAGUGAGAUAGACAUGCAGAGCUUGCUGGAGACCCUGAAGGGACAGUUUCUGCGCACAUUUAACCUGACACGUCCUGGCCCCCCUGUGCAUCCAGGGGCCACUCGAAUAGAGCCCCCUGAGUACAUGCUGGAGCUAUACAACCGCUACGCCAAUGACCGAACAGCAAUGCCUUCUGCAAACAUUGUACGCAGCUUUAAAAAUGAAGACGCUUCCCCAUACAGUGUGGGACCUAGUGGGGUGAGACGACACCCACUUAUCUUCAACGUGUCUAUCCCAAAUCACGAGAGAGUCACCGCAGCUGAGCUCCGACUGUACACUUUGGUCCAGACUGACCGCAACAAAUACACUGGUGUUGACAGAAAAGUGACCAUAUAUGAGGUCAAACAGAUUGAAACGAACAGCAGUCAGCAAAUAAGUGUGGACAAUGUUGAUGGAGGAAAUCAAACCAAGCAAGAGGAAGAAACAGAACUAGUGGAGUUGGCAUCUCGACAGGUUUACGGUACAGAUAGCGGGUGGGAAUCCUUUGACAUGACCGCUGCGGUGCACCUUUGGAGGAAAUCAGGCUAUGGCACCACCCACAAACUGGAGGUCCACAUAGCCAGUUUGAACUCUCAGAGUUUGACGGCAACUGAAGGUAAGGAGGAUGGCACCGCCAGAGGAGGGAACAUGGACAUUGACACCAGCCCUGAGGACAAACACAAACCCUUAAUGAUCGUCUUCUCUGAUGACCAGAGCAUAGACCACCGUGGAGACCAACGAGAGCUCAAUGAGCUGAUCCAGCAUGAGACCACUGGGCCUGGUGUUCAAGACAACCUUGACCUAGAACUGACUGGUCUCUGGGACAACCUGGAAGUUAUGGGACAAAAAGAUGGGAAUGAGGAAGAGGAGCAGAACGAGGAGGCUCUCCUACAGAUGCGCUCCAACCUUAUUUAUGACACGGCAUCUAGAAUCCGACGCAAUGCCAAAGGCAACCAGUGUAAAAAGACCUCUCUCUAUGUGGACUUCAAAGACAUCGGCUGGGACAGCUGGAUCCUAGCUCCCUCCGGUUAUGAAGCCUUCGAGUGUACGGGGACGUGCAUGUACCCUUUGACCAAACACGUUACACCUACUAAACAUGCCAUUGUGCAAACUUUGGUCAGUCUGAAAAGUCCACAAAGAGUGUCCAGGGCUUGUUGCGUUCCCACUGAACUGGAUCCCAUCUCCCUGCUCUACCUAGAUGAUGCAGGUGUGGUGACAUAUCAGUAUAAAUAUGAAGGUAUGGUGGUAGCGAAGUGUGGAUGCAGAUAGUAUUUAAUGGACAUGGAGAAGUGGGGUGAAUCUGGGCCACAAGCUUAGAGUUUGGAUUGGAAAGAGACUAAAAGGCAGUCAUUGUCUACGACUAACAUUCCAAGUUUUUUCCAAAUGGCAGUGGAUGAGCUCUUACUCCCAACCUUAACAGCGUUAGCAGGAGUCAUGUAAUCAGUUGUGGAAUCAGCCAAUUCUGGAGCCACGUGACGAGGGGCCACAAUGCAGAAUUUAGUGGGAAUGGUGACCAUUUCAUCCCUGCUGAACAAGGAUUGGGUGGAACAUAAGACAAUAAUUGAACCACUGACACGCCUCAAGAUCAGCCGGGAUAUCUUAUCAGUAAAGACUGAAGUUUAAGUCAGAGAUUGUAUCAAGUCCAACUCGUUACAUACUUGGCCAUAUCGUUUGCGUCAGCAGAGUCCUCGCUAAGUGGGUGUUUCGUAAAGAUGGCAGCGAACUCAAGCACCACAGGGUCAGUCCAGUGACAUUACAGAGACAAGAAGCCUGUGAAACGGCCUGUUCCCAGUUUCCACAAAGCUCAGUAUCGUAUCUGUCGUGACUCUGCCAAGUCAAUAUGCAGCUUCCUGCCUAACAGAAUGCAUUUGAUAUGAACUGUCCAAGUUGAAGUAAAGUGUUUAUCAGAAAAGUCUUGUAAACGAGGGGUAAGACAGACCAGAAUGGACCAGGCUGGACUUUCGAAUGUGUCUGAGAACAACUCUUUCUCUGGAUAUCCGCAGUCUUACGACAAUGGGUUUCAUUCAUUAACCAGUCAUAUACAAAUUUGUGUGUGAAAUCUGCAUACAGUUUUUUUUAAGGACAAAUAAUUAUUCAGCUUUGCAUUUUGUGCUUAAAUUCUUGGUAAUUUAAUGAAAACAUUGGGAACAACUAAAACAACACACCAGCAAAAAUCACAGACUCUGGGUGGAAGAUAAAAUUUUAUGAAUAGGUUCCAUCAUAUAGAGUAAAAAGUAAGAAAAGUACAUUAUAGCUUAAGUUUCAAGGUUUUUCUUAACAACAACAGAAAAA